CGAAGGGCCUACACAGAGAAAGAAAGAUACACAGCACAUAACCACAAGGAAAACCCAACAACACAUAUUUGCACUGGCAUCACACUCAAAAUCGCAUAUCUUUGAGGCUUUUAAAAGGAAGCAAAACAUAAUGCGUCCUUAAAAUAUGACUUACUGAAUAGGCAUGCGGUUGUUUCGAGUUUUUCGUUCGAUUUUAAACGCGCAUCUCUGAUUUCACAGCAGUGGAAUCUGGGAUGCUUAACUGUUUGCCCUCUCACUCUUUCUCUUGAAUCCCUCUUUCAAUCCUCCACGCCCUUAAACUCGCCCCUGUCCUCCGCUCCCUCGCUGACUCGUUCUCUGUGCCUCUUUGAGAAGAAGGAUGUGGGGUGGUUUGCGCGUGUGGCGUUUGGGGCUUCUGUUUUUGGGGUUAGGAUGGGUGCGUGGACAAAGCCAGACCAACUUCACAAGGCCUGUAUUCCUGUGUGGUGGUCAUUUGACGACAGACUCAGGGUUUGUGGCUAGUGAAGGUUUCCCCUCUCAUUACAAAGCAAACUCUAAAUGCACCUGGUACAUCUCGGUUCCAGAAGGUCAGGUUGUGAUGCUCCAGUUCAGGAUCUUUGAUCUGGAGGCGGAUCCCACCUGCCGCUACGAUUACGUGGAUGUCUAUAAUGGACACUCGUACACGGUGCAGAAACUGGGCCGCUUCUGCGGGACGUUCCGACCCGGAGCCCUCAUCUCCACCUCCAACACCAUGAUGCUGGAGAUGGGGUCUGACAGCAGCACAGGAGGAAGAGGAUUUCUGGCUUUUUUCAGUGGGGGGAAACCACAUGUCGAUGAGAAUCAGUUCUGUGGUGGCAGACUGACGAAGCCUCAAGGUUCACUGAAGACACCGAACUGGCCAGAAUCUGAUUACCCAGCAGGCAUCAGCUGCUCUUGGCACAUAUCCGUGGAGCCCAACAUGGUGAUUGAGGUUAAGUUCGAGAAGCUGGACUUGGAAUUAGACACAUACUGUCGUUAUGACUACGUGGCCCUGUUCAACGGAGGAGAGACGGAUGACUCUCGUCGUAUUGGCAAAUUCUGCGGAGACACGGUGCCAGAUGCGGUUGUGACCAAUGGAAACGAUCUGCUGGUGCACUUCGUAUCGGACCUGAGUGUGACGGCUGCAGGAUUUCUGGCUCACUACCAGAGUAUUCCCCGCGGCUCCCGCUCAGCAACAGCUACCCUGGACGCAGUGCACGGGCCGAGAGUCGACACCUCACCCACCAAACCCACCGCUCCACCAGCAAGACCCAAGCCCAAAAUUAAACCCACCCCAAAAGCUCCCUCAAGGACACCUAAACCUGCACCACCCAGACCAACUCCUAAACCGAGAUCAAAACCUGCACCCAAGCCCAAACCAGCCAGACCUACUCCCCCAACAAGAUCCGGCGCUAGAGUCACACCGAAACCUGCUGCAAAAGUGCCAGCGAAACCCACAAAGAAGCCUACACCUAAACCCACAGUCAGACCGAAACCGUCAAGCACUACAGGAAAGCCAAAAGUAAAGCCUGGUCUCAAACCAACGACAAAGCCAAAGACCAGUCCCAUCUCUAAACCUGGGAACAAAACAACAACAAGAGCCGCCUCAGCGGCCAACCCAUUGUGUUCCCUACCAUGCAAGAGAAUAGGCACCCUCUUGACCCGCUUCUGCCCCAGUCAUUUUGUGUUGACCGGUAAAGUGACAUCAGUUACCCCUGGAUCUCAAGGAAGUGCUGACGUCGAGGUGUCCGUCAUUAAGGUCUAUAAAGCAGGUAGACUUCAGUUCAGAAAGAGAGGACCCACCACGUCUGCCACGCUGAGAGCAACAUGCAUCAAGUGUCCCGCGCUGCGUAAAGGAGUGAACUAUGUGCUUAUGGGUCAGGUGAAUGAUGCAGGCCUCGGCGUUCUGACCCCAUCCAGCUUUGCUCUUCAACAUAAGGCAGUGCAUGACAAACCACUGGCCGUCCUCGCAAAGAAGACAUGUUGACCUCAUAACCGCCCCGACCAAUCACGAGCUGAAUCCCACCCACUCUGGCCUGCUUUAAUCGGGCACGGAAAGGUCAAGUCAAAUACACUAAAUCCUUAACUUUUAUAUAUGUAUAUAUAUAUAUAUAUAUAUAUAUAUAUAUAUAUAUAUAUAUAUAUAUAUAUAUAUAUAUAUAUAUAUAUAUAUAUAUAACUGAUGAACAAUAUAUGAGUAAACAGUAAAUAUUGUAAUACUAAGAGAAUAGAAAAUGUAGAAAUCUGUGGUAUAUUAUGCGUCACACCGGAACCGUUCAGUCAUAUUCAGGGUAUAAAGUACAGGGUGAUUUACCAUUUUAUGUUUAUGGUGUUUGUAUUAUUAGGUUAUAUUAGGUAUGUUUAAUGUAUUAUGCAAACAUUUUUAUAUGGCACAAUGUAUUCAUCAUAAAUGAUAAAGCUUCUUUAAUUAAAGAUGAGUGACAUGUGAAAUAUGAAUUUAUCAACCGUCAUCUUUUAAUCAGAAAUCAAAAUAAAAUAAUUUUAAUUACAAACAACCUUGAGUGUGUAUUCACAUAAACUAAAUCAUAACUGUUAAUCAUAUUAGUAUGUUAAUGUUUCUGAAAGUAGCCUUUGAUGCUCACCAAGGCUGCAUUUGAUCCAAAAAUACGGUAAAACCAGUAAUAUUGUCAGUUAUUACCAAUAUAUUUAGAAGAUUUAAUAAGCAGUUUAUUCCCGUGACUGACUGCAGUCUUAAGCGUCGCAUGUUCCUUCAGAAAUCAUUCUAAUAUUACGAUUGAUCCGCGAGGAGCAUUUCUUAUUAAUAUUAGCGUUUUAGCUGAUUUUUUAGCUGAUAUAAAUCUUGAUGCAGGAUUCUUCAAUGAAUAGAAAUA